CGGACAGAAAUACGUCGAGAGUUUCGCCGGUGAACGAUUUAUUUCAAUUAACAUGAGUGAGCUCACUAGAGAACUUGCGUGGUAUCGCUGUUUAUAGAGAAAUCUGUGAACUUCAUUUUUCGUGGAACGGAACCAUUGAAGCGAAUGCUGCGUAGCAAAUAAUGGAUUGGUAUGAAACAGUGACGUCUCGACUUGCAACCUUGGUUAUGGUUACAAGAAAAAGUGUAUUUUGAAAAUAUUUCCAAGUGUUUUCUUAGAGAAAACGUUUUGUGAGAUAGAAGUCGACUGUGCGUUUGUUGAGUUUGUUGUUGUGUUUUGACGAAUUCGGUGUUAUGUCGGGCGGCAGGAGCAUCGAUAAGGAGCGCAAGUCGCCCCGUGAAAGUGGCGAGGAUUCUGAAGAUGAAAGCGAAAUCCUGGAAGAGAGCCCCUGCGGUCGCUGGCUGAAACGACGGGAAGAGGUCGAACAGCGAGAUGUACCGGGCAUCGACUGCGCACACCUGGCGAUGGACACCGAGGAAGGUGUCGAGGUCGUCUGGAACGAGGUGCAGUUCUCGGAGCGAAAGAACUUCAAGGCACAAGAGGACAAGAUACAAAUGGUCUUCGAUAAUCUUACACGGCUCGAGCAUCCCAACAUCGUCAAGUUUCAUCGAUACUGGACGGAUACCCAUAAUGACAAACCUAGGGUCAUAUUUAUAACGGAAUACAUGUCCUGCGGUUCACUCAAACAGUUCCUGAAACGUACCAAACGAAAUGUCAAGAGACUACCUCUGCAGGCCUGGAAACGGUGGUGCACGCAGAUCCUGUCUGCUCUCAGCUACCUCCACGGUUGCGUGCCUCCCAUAGUCCACGGCAAUCUGACGUGCGACACAAUCUUCAUCCAGCACAACGGGCUCGUGAAGAUCGGGUCGGUGGCGCCGGACGCCAUCCACCACCACGUGAAGACUUGCCGCGAGAACAUGCGCAACAUGCACCUCAUCGCGCCCGAGUACGGAUCAUCUCAAUUGGUGACCCCAGCGAUGGAUAUCUACUCGUUCGGCAUGUGCGCUCUCGAGACCGCCGCUCUAGAGAUUCAGGGAAACGGUGACUCCGGCAGCCACGUUACCGAAGAUCACAUCGUACGGACCGUUGAGUCGUUGGAGGAGACCAGGCAGAAGGACUUCAUAUACAGGUGUAUAAAUAAAGACCCCGCAAAGAGGCCAACGGCAAAGGAGCUCCUCUUCCACCCAUUGCUCUUCGAAGUGCACUCUCUGAAACUUCUGGCAGCGCACACACUCGUCAAUACUAGUGCGAACAUAUCGGAGACGAUAACGGACGAGGUGUGCGGCAGCGGCGGCGCGCUGGCGUGGUGCGUGCGCAGCGGGGAGCGCCGCGAGCUGGCCGCCAGGGACCUGCAGCCGCACAACGAGAAGCUCGAGAAGUUCGUCGAGGACGUCAAGUACGGCAUCUACCCGCUGACGGCGUACGGCUGGUGGUCGGGGCUGCGUCGCGCGGCGAGCGGCGGGCGGGCUCGCACCGCGGCAGAGAGCGCGCCCGCGCCGCCCGAGCCGCGCGCGCGGGACCGCGAGACGCGCCGCGUCGUCAACAUGAUGUGCAGCCUCAAGCCGCCGCGCGCCGACGCGCCCGCCGCGCCCGCCGACCUGCUGAUGACGAUCCUCUUGCGCAUGGACGACAAGAUGAACCGACAGCUCACGUGUGCGGUGUCGCGUCGUGAUUCGGCGCAAGCGUUAGCGCACGAGCUCGUACAGCUCGGGUUCAUACAUGAGGCGGACCGCGACAAGAUCUGCCGGCUCAUGGAGGAGUCGUUCCGCAGCAGCUUCGGCUCUCCGCCGGCCCCCUCCCCCUCCCCCUCCCCCUCCCCGUCGCCGUCGGCCUCCCCCGCCGCCCCGCUGGCGCACCGCGCGCCGCAGCACGUGGCCAGCUAG